CUGGUGUGUGAGCACGGUUGGGGAGGAGCUAGUGCAGAGCUGGAGGAAAGCUGAAAGAUGCUGGGGUGGGGCAGACGGGUAGGAGAAGCAGGAAGGGGCCAGAGGAGUUGGAGCUGGGAGUGGACAUGCAUGGGGAGUAGGAUGGGGCUGUGGGAAAAAGCCUGGAGAAAGAAGCUGAGGGUGGAGCUGCAGCGGGAACUGUGUCAGAGAUUCUGGAGGAGCCACCUGCAAGAGGAGGACGUAGCUGUGGGCAGAACUGGUUAGUGCUGGGAGGAGGAGGAGGAGUUGGGGGCGAAGCUGCGGGAGAAGGAGCUAGGAGUCGGAACAGCUAGGGUGGAGCUGCGGGAGAAGCAGCUUGGGCGGAGUUGCGGGAGGAAGAGCUGAUGGUGGAGAUGCUGGUGGAGCGGAGCAGAACUGGGGUGAAGCUGUGGGCAGAGCUGUGGGAGAAGGCAGGCUGUGCAGCUUGAGGAGCAGGAUGGAGCUGGAGGAGGGAGCUGAGGCACUUCUGUGCUGCACCCUUAGGCAAGAGUCUAAACUCGCCCCGGCGACCUAACUGCACCCUCAGAGUCUACCCCCAUAGGGCAUGGAAGCAGCAAGAAGGGCGGGAACACUUGUCUGGGGUCCCCGCAGCUGUAGCCUGAGUCUUGCAGGGCUGAGCCCCCCAGGCCUGCUUCCCUGUGUCCUAGUGGCUCUGUCAGUGCCUGCCAAAAUGGGGUCUGGAGGGACUGUCUUUUUAACGCCUCUUUUGCACGUGUUGAGAAACAUCCCCACUCUUAAUGUCCUGCCGCCCCUCCGACCUAAGUCGCCCAACACACAGCCCAACUUCCCUGGCGAACUUGCUUUUCAAACUCUCUUCUCCAUGUCAGUCAGGGCUCAGGUUCCGCAGCACCGCCAUGCUGUGCUCCUCUGUCCCUCCGCUUACCCAGUCCCCCGCAUUGACUUCAUAACCAAGUUCCAGUGAGAUGCACCUACUUCUCCUUGGAGAAACUUGAGGAAGCAGGAAUGCUGGAGAUGAGGUGAGGAGGAGAGGGCCCCUCUUGAUGGGUUAUAAGCCUCAGGCCAGCAAGGGACCUUCAGAUCAUCAGUUCCAAUUCCCAUACAUGCUAGCAUCCCCUCCUGGGCUCCUUCCCCCAAGAAUGGUUGCCGGCUUCUGCCAGACACUCCGGAACCUGCUGGGAGUGGUUUCACACUGUGAGUGAGGAUCCCCGGGAUGGUGGGUUGCUGCUCUUCCUCCCGUGGCCUCUUGUUUGAAGAGCUAGAACUCACCUAAUGAGCUGGGUACUCACAUGUGACUGCUAGCGGGGAAGCCCGUGGUGGCUACAUAAGGGCUCCAUUUUCAAACUCUCCCAGCUGCCCCACUCUCCUGGGUGUGCUGGGCAGUGGGGUUAGUGCGCACAUUAGUGCACAUUCUCCCUGGGCGGCAGCAAACAGCAGAGGUCUGAUCUGUGGUCAGAUGAGGAGAAGUCAAAGAAAAGCAGCUGCAGCGGUGAGUGGGCCUAGGAAGAAUGGCAUCGCCAGGUCAGGUAGGGAUGAGGGUGGUGAUCGGCUACCCCUGAGAAAGGGACCAGAUGGCACCUGAGUCUUGAUUUUCAUUCCCAGUAGCAAGUCAGCACCAAACCCGAAAACGCUCUGAUUUCUGACCUCACUCCUCCCAUUUACGAUGUCCUGGCAGGAACAAGACUUUCCCCUCCCUCUCUGUUCGUCUGUCAGCAGGUCAGGCCAGCCUUCACCUCCCCAGACCCAUCCUGCUCCUGCCUUCCCUUGUGGGGCCCUCGGUGGGUGCUCUGGAGCCCCAGGCAGGCAACUGUGGGCAUGCGGGGCCUUCUCGGGUUCCUUGCUGUGCUCCCAUGAAACCGCUGUGCCUGGCUGCACCCACUAGCACACACUCAGCUGACCCCAUCUCCUGGGGCCAGGAGUGUUUCUCCUCCUCAAGGUCUGCUUUCUUCAGGCCUUGCUUGCGUCCCCAUCGUGCCACGUCGUGUCUCUUUUAGGAAGUCCUUGUGUUUUCCAAAGAUCUUGCUUUGCAGCUGACGGCACCCCAUGCCAGCCCCCCACCCCAGGCUACUGCCUCCUUCCUGAAACCACAGCCCCCUCUCAGAGUCUUCCUUCCCUCUCAUCCCUGGGAGCCCCCUGCAGAGCUCCCUGUCCAUCUCGCUGGCCUUCUGAGCCUUGCCUCUGCCUUUCUUAUUCCUCUCCUCGCCUCACCCCGCCCCGCCUCUCCUCUCCACCGUGGUGGCAGGCUAGCUUCCCUGACUACGGCUGUCCCUUGGGAAUGUGCUGUCCCCUUCCCUCUCUGUGCUCAGCAUCCCUGGCUGUUCAGUCUGUCUCUUCCAUCCACGUGCUUCCCUAGGGAAGCAUUAUUUUUGUCUCAGCAUGAUUUCUAUGCGACUCUUCCCAUUUUCUGAGCCUGUCACCCCGUUCCUCUUCCCUUGCCUCCCUGCUGACACUUUCCAGAGGGCAGCCACCCUCUCCUCACUGUGCUGCUUUGACUCUGAGGCCCAGGAGGAAGUCACCCUCCUCCCAAGAGGGUUCGUGUGUGAUCCUGCCUAGGGUUACGGGGCACGGCCAGCCUGGGACCGCUUUGACCAUAAUUCCCAGCUUCCCUUCAGAUGCUUCUUGGUCAGCCUGCUUUCCUCAUCUAGGAAAUGGCUUUUACCCACUUUUUAAUUGAGUGAUUUGCCUUGUUGGUAUGGAGCUGUAGGAGCUCUUUCUGAAUGCUGCUGUAGGGUUGUGGAGGCCCCACAGGGUCGUGGGGUGUCCCUUAUGCUGUGUUGAGGUGCAGGAUCAGAGAAGUAAAGAGACAGGACACUGAAGAACUGGUGAAGAGCAUCUGGACUCGGGGGGCCAUGCCACUUGUGAGCAGAGAUCAGUGACGGCCCCCAAAUGCCCAAGAGCAUCUGUAUUUAUUAAAGACCUGGUCGGCUCAGAGGCUUGUUCCUCUGUCUCUUUGCAGGGCUAUUUUGGACUCAGUAUUCACCUAAGCCCUCCAAAUUAUCCAGGAAGCUCACGUUGCUCAGCCGUUGAACCCCUUCCUUCACCAUCUGCACUGACAGUCCGGGCCUUUCACCGUCACUCAGGCAUGGACCAUCGCUGUUGCCCAUCCCAUGCCAUCCACAGGACCGGCACAUCCUGCCCGUGCAGCUCUGUGCUGCAGCUUCCCUCUGGUCACGGGUCUGGCCGUCGGCUCACCGAUUCCUCCAGCUUCCACGGGACUCUCUGGGUGUUAGCACUGCAAGUUCCUCAGCAAACUGGGACUGUCGGUCACCUACCUGGCAGCCAGUGAUAAGCCUCUCCUCCCAGUGCUGCACUUCUAAUCUCUCUGCAGAAAGAAACAUUUCAACAGAGAACCCAGUGGAAAUUAUGACAUAUUACCUUCUCAGAGUCCUGAACUCUCCCAUCCCUGCCUCAGAAGAGACUCCUCUGUUCACAGAAGCUAAAGCCAGUUCCUUCCCAAUGGCAGCUAUGUUUGGAUGUUGGAUCUACACUUUCUCAAGCACUGUGAUCUUCAAAUCACUUUAAAGAUGUCUAAUUCCUCUGUCUACCUGCUUGCAUUACUUUUGAUGAGAAGCCAGCCACCUUGUGCAUCAUUAUUCCUGUGAGCCUGGGCUAGAUGGUGUCUAGGGUCCUUCCAGCUCAGACUUCAGUAAUUCCUCUCUGAACAGACAGGACUGGACCCAGACAAGGUGGAUUCCUUCACAAACGCCUUGCCGAACUGUGUACCCCCAGCCUCGCCCCAUUGGGCCGGGCACCCCCGGCAGUGCUGAAUCUCUCGCGAUUGGGCCUGGACACUGCUCUUCCUCCAGGUUGCUACUCAGAGGUGCGGACAGGAGCUGAGGGCUGCUGCUGUCGGAGCAGACGCGGCAUUCCCAGGCUGUGCUCAGCCUCUGCAGCUGCCAUCGCCUGGAGAAGUCCAGGGCGCUAGCUGGUGAGCGGAUGCGUGGGCGGAGGGAUUGGCGCUACCCACCCAGCAGCCACCCACUGCAGUGCACCGCCUGGCCGAGCCACCUGACGCCGAGGGAAACGACCAGCCUCUCCUGACUGCGAAGCAACAAAGCCCUGUGUCUAGGUCGUUUGAGAAACGCCUUGGAGAGUCAAGAAUAAAAUUGCAGGUCAAACAAUGGAUGACUGGAAAAGUCGGCUUGUAAUCAAGAGCAUGCUUCCCCAUUUCGCCAUGGUGGGAAAUCGUCAGGAGCCCAGAAAGCUCCAGGAAUCGGGAAAGAAGCCCUCUUGGAUGGAUGAAGAAGGAAAUUUAUCUUUUCUCUACAAAAGCAGCCCAGGAAGAAAGCAUCAGGGAACUGUCAAGAGGAGACAAGAAGAAGACCACUUCCAGUUUCCAGACAUGGCUGAUGGGGGCUACCCUAAUAAAAUUAAGAGGCCUUGCCUUGAAGAUGUCACCCUUGCUAUGGGCCCAGGAACCCAUCCUGGUACUGCCUGUGCAGAGCUGCAGGUCCCUCCAUUGACAAUGAAUCCUAGCCCUGCGGCUAUGGGAGUGGGGGGCCAGUCGUUACUGCUGGAGAACAACCCUAUGAACGGCAGCAUCAUGGGCUCACCAUUUGUGGUACCACCGACUACAGAGGUGGGACUGAAAGGGCCAGCUGUUCCUUACUAUGAGAAAACCAGCAACGUGCCGGCUGUAGACCAGGAACUCCAGGAGCUGCUAGAUGAGCUCACCAAAAUUCAAGACCCUUCUGUGAAUGAGCUAGAUCUUGAGAAGAUACUGGGGACCAAGCCAGAAGAGCCACUGGUUUUAGAUCAUCCCCAGGCAACCCUAAGCACAACUUCCAAGCCUUCGGUUCAGAUGUCGCACUUGGAGAGCCUGGCUUCCAGCAAGGACUUUGCUUCUAGCUGCAGCCAAGUUACUGGCGUGUCACUUCAGAUCCCACCCUCCUGCACGGGGAUCAGCUAUUCCAUUCCUUCCACCAGUAAACAGAUGAUGUCACCGAGUUCUUCAAUGGCACAGUCCAAGAGCCAGGUCCAGGCCAUGCUCCCUGUCACUCUGCCACCCUUACCAGUGCCUCAGUGGCAUCACGCCCACCAGCUGAAGGCAUUGGCAGCCAGCAAGCAGGGGUCUGCUACAAAGCAGCAGGGGCCCACGCCCAGUUGGUCUGGUCUGCCUCCUCCAGGACUGUCUCCACCUUACCGCCCGGUGCCAUCACCACACCCACCACCACUGCCGCUGCCAGCACCCCCACCCCCAUUCAGCCCCCAGAGCCUCAUGGUGUCCUGCAUGUCGUCCAACACCUUGUCGGGCAGCACUCUUCAAGGCUCUCCCAAUGCCUUACUGUCAAGCAUGACGUCCAGCAGCAAUGCUGCCUUGGGGCCCCCCAUGCCCUAUGCUCCUGAGAAGCUCCCCAGCCCUGCUCUCACUCAACAGCCACAGUUUGGCCCACAGAGCUCCCUUCUUGCCAACCUGGUGUCCUCUACCAUCAAAACCCCCCAAGGACACCUGAUGUCCGCUCUGCCCACCAGCAACCCUGGGCCGUCCCCACCCUAUCGCCCAGAGAAGCUCUCCAGCCCAGGCUUGCCGCAGCAGUCCUUCACCCCACAGUGCUCCCUGAUCCGAAGCCUCACCCCCACCAGUAAUCUUCUAAGCCAGCAACAGCAGCAGCAGCAACAGCAGCAAGCAAAUGCAAUCUUUAAGCCCAUGACCAGCAGCUCAUCCAAAACCCUGAGCAUGAUCAUGCAGCAAGGGAUGGCAAGCUCCAACCCAGGAGCCACAGAGCCAUUUACUUUUGGCAACACUAAGCCCUUGUCCCAUUUUAUUUCUGAGCCGGCUUCCCAGAAGAUGCCCUCCAUGCCUGCCACCUCUAGGCAGCCUUCCCUGCUCCACUACCUGCAGCAGCCGACACCAACACAGGCAUCUUCAGCCACUGCCUCCUCUACGGCCACCACCACCUUGCAGCAGCAACAGCAGCCUGACCACUCUUCAUUCCUUCUGCAGCAGAUGAUGCAGCAACCCCAGCGUUUUCAGCGAUCAGUGGCCUCAGAUCCCAUGCCUGUUCUGCCUAGACAGGGCUGUUGCCAUCUGUUUGCAUGGACUUCUGCAGCUAGCUCGGUGAAGCCCCAGCAUCAACACGGGAACUCUUUCACUAGCAGGCAAGAUCCUCAGCCUGGAGACGUGUCACCAGCUAUCAUUACUCAUGUAGACAAAGCCUGCAAGCUUGGGGAAGCCAGGCCCCCCAAGGUCAGCCUCGGGCGACAGCCCCCAUCCUGCCAGGCCCUGGGGAGCGAGUCCUUCCUGCCCGGCAGCUCGUUUGCUCAUGAGCUGGCCCGAGUCACCUCCUCGUACAGCACCUCAGAGGCAGCGCCCUGGGGCGGCUGGGAUCCGAAGGCCUGGAGGCAGGUGCCCACUCCACUACUGCCUAGCUGCGACGCUGCAGCAAGAGAAACAGAGAUCAGGUCUUAUGGCAAUGACCCCUGAACGGCAGAAUGCAUAUAUCUCACAACAGAUGAGUCAAUUUCAAGCCGUCCAAGAACAAGUCACCUCCAAGUGUAGCCGGACCAAGGCAAGCCCCCCAUCUAGCCAGCACAUGAUGCCACCCAGAACUGGGCUCCUUCAGAACAAUCUGAGUCCAGAAAUUAUCCCACUUACCAGGCACCAGAGCUGCGAGGGCAUGGGAGUGAUCUCACCAAAUCUGGGGAAGCAGCAAGGAAUUUUUGCCUCCAGCCCCCAUUUUCCCAUGCCCUCACACUCGGGCCAGACUCCGCUAGACAGUCUUGGCUCUGUCUGCCAGCAUACGCAGAGUCCCAAGGCCACCCCACCAGAAGUGCCCCUGCCUGGGUUCUGUCCCAGCCCCCUGGGCACCCAGUCCUUGAGUCCCCACCAGCUCAGACAGCCUAGUGUGCCAAGAAUGCCCACUGUGUUCAACAAUUGUGUAUGGGUCACAGCGGCAGCAGCUGUGACCACAGCAGUUUCGGGGAAACCACCCCUGAGCCAAGUGGAUAAUAGCGUUCAGCAGCAUUUUGAUAGCAACUCCAUCUUUGCCAAGGCGCCUGUGACAGUGCCCCUGGUAGCCCCAGCGUUCCCAGCGCAGCAGGCAGUAGUGCCUCCCAAUCAGAUGGCCUCUGAGAGCAGGUCUGGCCAGAAGGUGAGUGCUGCUCUGGCCAACAACCCCAGCUUCAGCCUGCUGGGCAGCCAGAGCCUCAGGCAGAGCCCCGUGCGGGGCCCAGUGCCUGUAACAAACACCACCAAGUUCCUCCAGCAGGGUAUGGCCAGCUUUAGUCCCCUGAGCCCCAUACAGGGCAUCGAGCCACCAAGCUAUGUGGCUGUUGCUGCCACCGCUGCUGCUGCUUCUGCCGUUGCCGCCCGCCAGUUCCCAGGUCCGUUCAACAGAAUGGGUACUCUCCUUGAGCUGCCACUUGCUGACUUUUUGCCCCAGUCCCAACCCCCACUAAAUGAUCUGAUUUCGCCACCUGACUGCAAUGAGGUAGAUUUCAUUGACGCUCUCUUGAAAGGCUCCAGUGUGAGCACAGAUGAAGACUGGGUGUGCAAUUUGAGGCUGAUUGAUGACAUUUUGGAACAGCAUGCUGCUGCACAGAUGCCACAGCCCAGAAUGCUAGACGAGUCACCCAAGAUGCUGGGGCCCUUUAAAGCUGAGCAAGAUGCCCAUCGACACCCCCGUGUUGACAUCUCUCUAGGGAGUGGUGUCGAUCCAUACCUGCAGUUGUCCCCCGUUACGGUUUGAGUGGUAUUGUCAGCCCAUGCUUAUCCUUCUCUACCUGUGACGAAAUGGAAAGCUGGUGAUUUUUCAAGCUAUGUGUACAUAUUUGAAAAUUUUGUAAAUGGUUUUCCUAAACAUUAAUGACAGAAGUAUUUAUACUUCGUUUGUGACUUUGUAAAUAAAGCGGCGGCUUUUGUUUCAGUAGAGUUGUGUUUACUAUGCAUUGUUUUGUGUUUAUUAUACAUUGUUACAAAUAUGCAGACUGUGUUGUUUGCUCCAGUGAUACCUUGUUAAGCUAGGUGGCUGAGUUGCUUAUGGUUUUGAUGCAAUGAGCAAUGUGGAUGUGACCAAGAGUUGUUGUGCAAGUUGACAAAUGCCAAAUAGAAAACCACUUGGCCAUUUAUUUCUAUGUUCACUAAAAACCCUAUUGCCUUGUGUGAUUCUUAAUCUCUCUUGCAAACCUUUCAGUCUCCGCUAGCUCUUUCCUAAUGAGCAUUUACAGCAGAAGCCGUUUUAUCGUUAAGUGCCCCACAGAGACACUUUACCAGGAGGCUGAGAGAGUUCUCCAGAUCUGGGAGAGGCGCAGAGAGAGCGUGUGAGCCAAGCACUGUCUUAGCAAUUCACCUUGAGGAGCUAGAGUAUCCUCCUCCCUUUACCAUUCAGACCGAAAGAAAAAGCCCAGCUUGUGUUCACCCUCGCGGGGUGAAGGCGAGCUGUUCCUGGUUUAAAGCCUUUCAGUAUUUGUUUUGAUGUAAGGCUCUGUGGUUUGGGGGGGGGGAACAUCUGUAAACAUUAAUAGUUGAUUUGGGGUUUGUCUUUGAUGGUUUCUAUCUGCAAUUAUCGUCAUGUAUAUUUAAGUGUCUGUUAUAGAAAACCCACACCCACUGUCCUAUAAACUUUUCUCAGUGUCCAGACUUUGUGUAAUCACAUUUUAAUUGCCACCUCGUAUUUCGCUCUACAUUUGAAAUCUGGCGUCUGUUUCGAGCCAGUGUGUUUUUUCUUCAUUCUGUAAUAAACAGCCAGGAGACAAAUG